AUGACGCCUCCGGGCGAAGCUGUCGCGCGCAGUCCAGCGCACCACCGCCAGUUAUCCGAAGCCCAGCGCGUCUUCAUCGCAACCCACACAGCAGGCGGCUGCGGCUCUGCAGAAAUCGCAAGCAAGCUUGGCUGCUCGCAAAGCACCGUCCGGAAAGUGAUUCGGCGCUGGAAAACCGAAGGCACCCCAGCCAGGCGUCAUCGGUCAGGUCGCCCGCCUAAAUUGUCCAUCAGAGACCGCCGUCUGCUGCUGCGCAUCUGGAAAAGAAGCCCCAAGAUGAAAAUCGACGCUCUUGCGCGCGAGGCAGGCUUCUGGGACAGCCAGAACAACAAACCCACCAUUUGCCGGCGCACGGUCCAACGCAUUUUGAAAGAAGACGGCCAUCAAGAUGCAGCAAAGCAGAAGAAAUGA